CUAUAUAUAUUUGUGGAAUCUCAGUUGUCUUCCUCUGUGAAGAAAAUCAAUUACAUUCGUAUUCCCUUUUCAAAUCAACAACAGAGAAAGAAAAGAGAGAGAGAGAGAGAGAGUAAGGUUAAUAGUGUUUUUGAAAUGGAAAACAACACAGUGAAGAAACAACUUCCUAAGAAAAACUUGUGGAAACCAGAAGAGGACUUGAUCCUAAAAAACUAUGUGGAAACUCAUGGUGAAGGAAACUGGCAAACUGUGUCCCAGCAAACAGGUUUGAUGAGAGGUGGAAAGAGCUGCAGAUUAAGAUGGAAAAAUUACCUCAGACCAAAUAUAAAACGUGGAGGAAUGUCUCAAGAAGAAGAAGACCUUAUUAUCCGAAUGCAUAAGCUUUUAGGAAACCGAUGGUCACUGAUUGCUGGAAGGCUUCCUGGAAGAACCGACAAUGAAGUGAAGAACUAUUGGAAUACCCAUUUGAACAAGAGCACAUCUCCAAUGAGGAAAAGAAAACGUGUGAACAACACCAAUGACCCUCAAAACGACACAAAAAGCACUGAAACGACAAACAAAAAGAGCAAAAUCCAAGACCCUCAUAAUCCCAUGAUCAGCAACGACACCCAAAAAAUCUCCAUUGAGGAAACCGAAAUGGAAGAGAAGAAAAAGGAGGAAAAAAAUGGUCUUAUGGAUGACGCAAAAAGCUUCAACUACAAAAUAGAAUAUCCCAUUAUGGCUACAAACAGCUCCACUUUUGUCUUCGACGACGAGCCUUUCAUAAGUUGCACGAAUUCCUUUGUUUAUUUUGAAGCGUUUGGAUACACUGCAGGAGUGGAGAAUCAUGCAGAGAUAGGAAGGCAAUCAAUCUUUCCAUAAUGUAUCUUUUCAAGAGAAAGUAGUUUUAUUAUAGGGACUAGUGUACAAAAUAAUCAAAGCUACUUUCCGGGGCCCGACCAUCACUCGUGGAGAAUUCUUGUCGUUUGGGUAAGUGAAUACAAGUCUCACUAGGCUAAGUAGAAGAUGGUGUGGCUACUACUCGUUAUGUACUUGUGAACCCAACAUUUAGGGGUAGGAAGGAGUUUCUAAGUAGUUAAAAUUUGAAAACACUGCAUGAUCGCAGCACUUUGUGCUUUUUUCUCCCCUUUAGCUUUAGCACCUUGUGCUUUAUCCUGCAAUGUCGACGGAUAGCAUUAUGAAGUUUAGUUUUUUGUCCACAUGUAGUUUGGACGUAAGUGUUUUCAUUAUAUUAAAUCUAUAUUAUAUAUCCUUUAUUUAUUGAAACAAGGGUCCUAAUCUCCUAGCAAAUCUUGUUCAGAU